AUGUUAUUAAAUUGUUUCGUCCUGGGUACUGGAACUGGUUUCUCGAUCCCCCUUAGCGAAAAAGUUUCUAUUAAAAAUGACGAUUACUUCAUAAAAUCGUUAACCAUCGAUAUCCUCAAGGAGUAUAUCUGGGAACGUAAAAAUAAUAUUCUUAAAGACCUUACUAACGACGCUUCCAAACUGGAACUUUGGCUUGUUAACGUCGAAGAAGUUGUUGAUGUUUUUAACGAAGACGAUAUUGUACAAAAACUUGAAGGAAAUAAAAUGAAACCUAAUUUUCUGUUUAGCAACUAUUUUAGUGAUCAAGGGCUCACUGAUAUAUCUCGUGACAUUGCAAACCUUGGCUAUCUGCCUCGACAAGGUGGCCUUGGUGGUACGAUGCUACCUUCUGAUCUGAAAGUGAGAUCUACCAAUGAAGGUGUUAAUAUUAAUGAUCCCGACGUCAGUCUAAGAUUUGAUAUCAUACCUCCUUUGAUCAAAGAUCUUAUAGAUAAAAAAGUCAUACUUGUUCGGGCACCUCCCUUCUCUGGAAAAACGUCAGUAGCCCAAAUUUUGGAGCACACCCUGGUUAACGCACCAGAAUUUUCAAAUUAUAGAGUAAUACGAAUUUCAUUACUUUGGGAAAUAAAUUUCAAUUGGGAUACAUUUGGAGAGAAAUGGAAGAGUGGAAGAGUAUUGUUGGAGAAAAAAGUUGAUGGCAAUAAUAAAGAAUCUGCAGAUCAAUUCUGGAUGGUUGUUAAAGGUCUCCUUCAGGAAGUAACACGUAUAAACAUUAUAAUGUUUGCGGCCUACGGAUAUAGAAGUUCUAACCAUACAGGACUCACGACUCCUGUUACAUUACCAGAUCCAAAUUAUAAAAGCCUUAUUGACAUCAAUUUUACCCCAAGCGAGUUAAAAAAAUAUGUUGAGAAGUUCAGUAGUAAUUACUUCAAAAAUUUAGAUCAACAAAGUGUCUCGAAAUUAUAUAAAUAUAUCCUAGUGGUAACAGAAGGACACGCGGGUUUGGUUCGUCACAUCUUGACGUCUGCAGAAAAUGCAAUGAAGAAGAGAAUUGAUACUAGUCGCCUAACCUGGGAAGAAAUAUUUAAGUACUUGAAUUCAGAAAGUUUCGAUUCAUCUAUCUAUAACAACUGCCGUGCUGUACCAAAGGUUUCUGCACUUUCGAAUGAGCAAAUAAGCUUAUGUGAGGAUAUUUACUUAAAGGGAAAAAUUCGUUAUGUAGACUCUAAUGAGGAUUCUGUGUAUUUAGUCAAAUCUGGAAUUUUUAUUAUUAAGAAUGAUAUAGAUGGUACAUAUCUAACUUUUGUAGCACCUCUUCUUAAGCGGUCAUUUUUUCAGCAAAAUUACGGAGUUCACAAUAGUACUGAUAAUACUCCUACAGAUUUGUAUCAUUUUAUCGUGAAGAUUUUCACAGCAAUGUGUAAUAAACUAAGUAGGGAAAUUUUAAGAAAAACGCUUGGAUUUGGAUCUGAUGGAAGAAUCCUGGAACAAACAUGGCAGAAGGAAUUUUAUAGGAUCGGUACACAGGUAUUGGGGAAGGAUCAUUUUUUGUCGUGUGAUGCGGGUUCAGUUUUUGGAUGUGAUGGCAAAAUAGAUUACUAUGUGGACAAGUUAGACUGGGCAAUAGAACUCUUGAGAGAUGGUGAUGAUAUGGCUGAGCACGAAGAAAGAUUUGAACCUUUAAGUGGAGAAUAUAAGGAGAUCGUAAAAUAUGCAGAAAGUAUAGCUAUUAUUGAUAUUCGUAGUAUAGGUAGAAUUGAUACUCGCAGUGAAGCAAAAAAGGUUCGAAAAAUGCGUGAGCAUUUCAUAUAUGUGUCAUGCUCCAAGGGUUUUGAUGCAUUUAAAAUAGAGAGUUUGGGUAAAGAAAUCGUAACUAUUAAUUUUCAAGAUUAG